UCCGGUCCGAGGUCACCUUCCGGUGUAUUUUCCAACCGGCGUCCAUUUUCCUGGCUGACUUGCCCGCGUUCAGAGCGUCUUUCUCGGAGGUGCUGUUGCAACGUAUUUUGAAACCUCCAGUAAUGGACGGUGCACCUGUUGGUAGAGGAGGAUACAGGGGCCGUGGAGGCCCUGGAGGAUUAAUGAGAGGACGAGGUUUCGGAGAUAGAGGGAGGGGUGGCCCUCCCCGAGGUGGUGGUAUGAUGCGUGGUGGUCGAGGCAGUGGACCUGGUGGAGGCAUGAGAGGAGGUCCUCCUGGAAUGAGAGGUAGAGGUGGACCUCCAGGCCGUGGUGGACGUGGUGGACAUUUCCCACCGGGCGGGCCACCAGAACCUGGUAUGUCCAGCGGACCUGGCGGUGGGCCGCCACCUCUAGGAAUGGGAGGUCCCCCGCGAGGCGGCAAUAGGGGUGGCGGAAACAACAGUUUCCGCGGCAGAGGCAGAGGAGACUUUAGCAGAGGCGACAGCCGCGGAAACAACAAUAACUUUCGUGGUGGUCGCGGCGGCAUGGACAGAGGCGGCCGAGGAGGAUCCAGGGGUGGAGGUGGCAGAGGUGGCCCAGGUGGCAGGGGCGGUUUUAACGAUCGUGGCAGAGGAAUUGGCGGUGGUCGUGGUGGUCCGACCAAGCGAGGCGGAGGUCCGCCGAGUUCCAACGGGCCUUCGAAGAGACCUCGUUUCGACCAACCAUCUUCGCAACCGUCAAAUGGCUAUGCCACCCAACAAUCCAACCAAGGAGGUUAUGGAGGUUCGAGUAACGCGUACGGUGGUCAGCAGCAACCUCAACAACAAUCGGUGGGAUACAGCGGUGGUGGUGGAGGUUACGGUUCGCAGCAGGGGUACACGCAGUCUUACCCCGGUUACGAGAGCUACCAACAGCCUCCAGAUUACGCGCAGACAACGGGCUAUCCGUCGUCUGCUCCGCCGGACAACAGAUACGGCGGUGGAGCGUCGUCGGUCCCGGCCACUGGAGGCUUUAACGAUCCCUACAAUUACGGCAAAGCACCGCCAUCAGAUUAUCCCAGUCAAGACGGGGUUUAUGGGAAACAAGACUAUGGUGGCAGUGCUGGUUACCAAAACGCCCAGUCUCAGCGACGUUAUUAAAGAUCCGACACAGUAAAACCGCUCGUUAAUUUUAUAUGUAGGUAGACGACAUUUUUCCUAAACGUAAAAAACGAAAAGAACAAAAAAAAUGAAGUAAAAAAAAACAUGGAGGUAAAAUAGGAGGAGGAUUCGAUCGCCGUACGAGUAAAGGGAUAGGAAAGGAGAGGAGAUAUGUUAUAUAUCUCUCUCUUUGAAAUUGUGAGAUAAGAGAAUCGAACGCGACGAUAAUAGCGAUGACGACGAUGAUGAUAAUGAUAAUGAUAAUAAUAAUAAUAUUAAUCGAAGAAUCCUGAAAGCAAAGUCCCUCGCACGUAAGAGCCCAUCAUCGCGAACACCGUAUAUCGUAUGCGUUUAUUUUAGUUUCUAUUCUCAGAUUCCGUAGAGUCUUGAGAAAGGUGGAAAUCGGUAUUCACACAUGGACAUGUUAAUUGACGCUUCUUGGCGGAUGCGAAGUGGAGUUUUUUUGGUGCGAAAUUUCCGCCCGUUUCAGCCAUUAUAACAUUUUAUAAUCUUCUAGUCGAAAAAUCGUCGAAAUCUCACUUCUCAAAUGUUUUACUUCUCAAGUAUUUAGCCGGAAUCGUAUUUCACUCUACCAAGAUAUAUUCGAACAAUUCGAAUGAGUGAGAAGCGCAAAUUUAGGUUUCUGGGAUCUAUGCGUGCGAAAUUUGGAGAAAAAAUGUCGAGAUUUAUUAAAAAUUAUUUUUUUGUAAGUUAAGUAUAAAAUAAAACUUUCGCAAUUUACAAACAUAAUAUAUAAAUUUAUAUUAUAAUACCUAAAAAAUACUUUGAUAUAGAAAUGGCAUUAACACAUUGAUUGCCACAGAAAGGGAAGGGAGGGGAUCUCCGGUGACAAACAUUGAUGAUUUUAUGGCAUCUCAUUAAUUUACGGCCAAACGAAUUAAGUGUCGUCAAUAAAACGAUAAGAUAAAUGAUUCGUCGAUAGCAAGUGAAUAAAAAACUGAGAAACAUUAGCUGACAUAUGCGUGAGAAAACAUAUAUUCACCGUGAAUUGGAUUAUUCGAAUUUCAUUUAAGUUUUAAGAUAAUCCGUAUUCAUCACCGUGGCAAUCAACGUAUUGAAUAAUUUAUUUUCAAUUUAUUUUCAAUUUUAUUUUUAAACAUUAAGUCUCGUUGUUUAUAUAUUCAAUUAAAAAAUAUAUAUGCUUUACAAGAUGAAAAAUGGUAUAGAAACGUGAAUAUAGGUGUAACACAAUUGGCAAUCUUUAAUUUCAUUUCUAAAUUCGGAAUAUGCCUCCGUUUAAAAUUAAAAUCCCACAAGUGUGGGGCAUCCGCCUUACUUUGCAUUAAAAAAAUUUAUAUAUACACAUAGUAAUAUAUAUAAUAUAUAAUAUAUUAUUUUUAUUAUUAUUAUUAUUAUUAAUAUUAAUCGAGUUUAACACGUUGAGUGCCGCGCGGCAUUCAAUGUGUUAGAACUACGAUAUAUAAUAUUAUAUUAUAAUUUUUAACAAAAUAUAAUUCUCGUUGAGGCUCUAAUUGAGAGAGAUUUCCAUCGGAAAAAAAUAUCGACUUCGCAUCCGUCCGAAAGUGAUUUACUCGCUUUCCCGCUGAUUUCCAGCUUUCCGCGAGCGUUCCCCGCGUCGCUUUGCUUUCGAGGGAUUUUUCCGUUCUCCUUUGGCUGGUCCCAUUCGUUGCGCGCGCGGAACGACUUUCGACCGAUCGAUCCAUACACUCGACGAUGUAGGGAAUGAUAUUUUAUACUUGACACGCACUCAGCAGUUAUUACUAUUACGUCAUUAUGUCGCUUAUACGAUGAUCUUUAGGAUUAAGUACAGCCCUGGCGGAGCGUUACGCUCUCGUCGAUCUUGUUUCAUCCACGAUUUAAGCGAGAAAUAGCGUAAUUUAAUAUUAACAGUUAUUUGAACCCACGCAUAUAUACACACAUACACAGUAAUAGACGAUAGAAUGAUAACGAUGAUUAUUAACGACACGUUGCAAAUGUAUGGCCGAUUUCCUGUUUUGUAAAUAGAAACUCGCAAAUAAACCCAUUGAUGGAAACAAGAGAAGGACGCGCGAAUUGUAGAACUGCGUACUUGACGCCUCCAAAGUGGCGAGGGUAUAUCUUUUAAUUUACUGAAAUCGCCGAGAUCUUUUUAUUAUACACGCCUGAAUUUCGCGCAUUCGCCAAAGACACCGUCGACUUUUCUUUUCGAUAUUUGUAAUUCUGUGUAAUUCGGUGGGCGGUCAACAUCAUCGUCGAUUAUUAUCUGAUAUAACGAUUGAGUUAUAUCGAACAGUUGUCGUUUGGGAAUUUUUGAGAAGCAAUUGGCUGGUUUAUCGAGAAACGACGACGAUCGAAAUAGGAUUCGAGUCUUUGUAACGGUCUUUCGUCCGACGAACAAUUGUAGCAGUCGAAAUGAAACGACUGAAGAGAAAACCCGAGAGAACGGACGAUGAACGUUUAAUUCUAUGCCGUUGAAUUAUCUCACGUUAUCUUAUAAUAGUUAACGAAUUCAUUGCUUAAAUAAUUUAUAUUGCGUUUCUUGUAUACGAUGGUUUUUCAUUUUAUGAAUAACUAUACAUAUACAUAUAUAUAUAUACAUAUAUAUACAUAGGAAAUUCUAUAUAUAAAGCGUAUACAUGAGAAUCACAUGUUGUCAUGUUUCGAUAUAUUGUAAGCGAUUGCUCGAUUUAAAUGAAAGGCACGCUGAAAAAAAGAAAAAAAAACUGUACAAAAGCAUCACACCGAAGAUUUGCUGUUAUUGUCACCUCACCUGCGGCACGAGAGAGACACAGAAAAAAAGUACGGACGCAAAACCAGCAACUGCCCUAGGAAGAGACAGGCUAAUCUCGCAUAAAGCGAAUGGGCGAAUAAGUGAAAAAAUGAGCGAAAGAUCGUCUCGAUAGUGUAGCGAUGAAGUAGGUAUGAAGCUUUUUUACGAAAUCCUAGUAGAUUAGAGAUUACUAUCCGCUCGGGCGAUCUGCUAGGCUCUCGUAGAUCUACCGAGCCGCCACUACCACCACCACCACCACCACCCUUCGUUCACGGAUUCUUCGAUCGAGUUGUAACCGAUUUUUCGUUAACGAAAACCCCAAGAGGCGAAAACGGUGGUCUUGACAUGCCACCAUCGAAGAAAAUCUUAAAAAGCGAGUUUGAGAAGUGUGAAUUCUUUUGUAAUUCGAAAUUUAGUUCUCCCUCGGUAUUUUCGCUAAAGGUAAAUCGACUCCAAAUUUAUCGAAAGACCCGUGAACGAAGGAUAAAAAUCAGGAUUUGGGAAACCAUAGAAUCCAAUAUUUAAAAUAUAUAAUAAAGAUAAAGGAUAAAUAAUUAUGAAGAAUAUUAUAUACAGAUUUAAGAAAGUAUAAAGUUUACUUUUCUAUAAUACUAUAUCCAAAGUUUGAUAAAAUGAAAUAUCUUAGAUUAAACAGUAUCGUACAAAUUUAAGAGGAAAACUUUAAGAAGUUUGCAAAUUCUAUAGUUUCACGAUGAUGUCACUAUUCCAAAAAAGUAAUUCUAUAAUAUUUCAUCCCUCCGUCGUAGUGUUGCAAACAAUCAAUGGACGUAACUAUAGCCCGAAGUAAAUGAAUCUCCACAUAUAUCUCUCGUCCGCGUUUUCCUGUAUAAUCAUAAGCGAGAAACUCGAACUGAAUUUAAAUUCAAAUUACGAUAUAUUAAUUCCAUCUAAGCUCGAUCACGAUAUAUCUUGUUUAGCAUUAUAAUACUAAUCAAGAGUCUUAUAUACUAAAUUAAGAAACGAUGUAAGUACCACUAGAACGUAACACACAAAGUUUAUAAGCGAUGUGCUCGGGUACUCAGAAUACUAAUUUAAUGGAAAAUUUGACGAAAACUGAGUUUAUUUCACAGGCGUAACGACAAGCUGAUAUACUUAGGAAACAAUGAAUGAAAGAGAGAGAAAGACGAAAGCGAGACAAAGACAGAGAAAAGAAUAUCGUCCCUCCAGCAAGAACAUGCCAAAAAAUCUCUAAACCACAGAAAAAAAAACCCUCAAAAAAAGGGAAAAUCGAAAAAAAGUAAUAUAGUGAUAGAGUUAUUGUCCUUGAUUGCACGGUUGCUUCGUUGAUAGUCAUUACAAGCUCGAGUAAUACAUACAAAUUAGUGUCCUUUGAUUCACGCUUAUAACCCCUGUAUAAUAUGUUUACUCGGCAUAUAGAGUUUACCAUAUAUAGUAUUUUUUUCAUAUACACGACUUUUUUUAAUCGCGUUUCUUCCGAUCUACCGAGUAAAGAUAGAUGUACGUUCGACGAAUACACGAGUAUUGCCAAGAAGUGCAGAAAUUCGUAAAGUUCUGCGACGUGAGAAAAUGCAGGGGAAAGCAAGCAAGAAAAGUAACGAGAUUCUCAUUUAUGAGACUCCUCCCAAACGCGCAUAAAGAGCAAAACACUAAAUGUUAAAUGAAAUCAAAUGCUCGAGUAGACCUCAACCCAAAAGUUCAGGUGAGUAAAAAUACAAAUAAAUAUCUAUCCGUUCUUUGUGAAAAGCUAUCAAUUUCGAGAAAGAGAGAGAGAGGGGGACAGAGAGAAACGAAGAGAGAAUGUGUGUAUAUUUAUAAGAAUAGAAAGGCUCUUAGAUGUGUUCACAAUCGCAAAAGAAACUUGAGGCUGGAACGCAAAUGUUAACGUGCGUAAAUAAAUUGAGAGAUUGAAGUCAGAAAGAGGAUGAUCACAUUCUCAGACUUCAAAGCGAACGAUUGGGUCCAAUUUUAAAUUUUCUUCAUGCGGGAAAAGCAAAACCUAACAAAGGAAACCGCAAUUAAGCGAAGUCAAGUUUUUCACGUUUUCGUUAUAAAAAAAUUUUUUUUGCCGGACUUCGAAGAACAUCAUUCGCGGCUGGGGAAGAACGAGAUGAAUUUUUGUUUAAUUAAGACCGAUACUUAUUUUAAUAGAUUUGUAAAAAUUGCAUUUUAUAUCGGUUAUGCAUUACAUAAUUUUUUGAAAAUAAAGUUGAAAAUUUUAUGAG